AUGGCGGAUUACGAAUCUGACAGUGACGAAGGUGAAGCCGGACUAGGAAAUGUUACAAGAGUAAUCAUGAGGCCGGUUGGUCAUAGCGGCAAAGCAAAAAAAGGCCAUUUGUGUUUCGAUGCUUCGUUUGAAACCGGAAAUUUGGGGAGGAUCGAUUUGGUGUGUGAAUACGAAUACGAUCUGUUCAUACGGCCGGACACCUGCAACCCACGGCAUAGACUGUGGUUCAAUUUCGUAGUGGAAAACACUAGACAAGAUCAAAACGUUAUAUUCAACAUCGUCAACAUCAGCAAUAAAAACAACCUUUUCAAAAACGGGAUGACUCCCAUAGUGAGGAGUACGAGCCGGAACACGUGGUAUGUACCAACAAAUGUACGACAAGCGUCCGCACUCGGAGGGUGA